GCCCCGAGCACAUACGAGUAGUACCAAUACCCGACGAUCGGACCACGGGGCAAACCCUCCACACCAAACACUCGGUGCGAACCCCCCCCUUUGUUUUCGUCUCGGAGAUCGACCGACCCGCCCGAGGCAAUGGAGCCCGCCACCGUCACGAUCCGCGUCGCCGGCCUCGGCCACAAGCUGACGCUGGAGGGCCUUCCCGCUUCCACCACCACGGUGGACGACCUCCGGGCCAGGAUCCACGAGGCCACCGGUGUGGCCCCCCGGUACYWGAAACUCGUCGGGCCGCGGAGGCUGGUCCUGGACUACCGGGACGGGGAAAGCGAGCAGCACCAUUGCGCUCUGGRAGGAGGGACGAGCCUCUCGGGGGCCGGGAUCGUAGGACGGACCAAGCUCCUGCUGCUGCACUCGGGUCUGUACGCGGCCGAGAAGGAUGCCCGCGAGGCGCUGGAGGCGAUCGAGGGGGAGAUCRAWRCCCUGGAGGCAAGCAUCCGCGGCGGCAGCGCCGCCACCAAAAAGGCGGGCUUUGUGGCCGAGAUGGUCACGCGGCUGUGCUGCAAGCUCGACGCGGUMGACCCAAGGGGGUCCGGGGCCAUGAGGGCGAAGCGAAAAGAACUGAUCCAGCGGGCCGAGGGACUGGAGGCCCUUGCCGACGCGUCAAAGUGCUGAGUGCCGACCGGUGCGGAACGAAUACGGUACAAUCAUAAAAUAGAGAAGGGAAAAAAGA